CCCGGUGACAGAAUUGACUACCUUCCACUUCCAGCUUCUCAACGCACACUACCUGUUCGAUCAAAUUCCCCUAACGAGAUAAAAAGUCACUGAAAACCUUUCGUCUUCUCUUCGCACAUCAUCUGUUCGACGAUAUUCCCCUCAGACUACGGUGUAAAGGGUUUCCUCCCUUCCGCUUCUUAUACCAUCAAAACUUCUGCUUUCCUUAACGAACACCAAGUGUUCGAUAAAAUUCCUCUGAGAAAAAAAAAAAGGUAAAGAUUAACGAAAAAGGGGUUACCAACAAAUGGCGCUCCCUAACUUCACAGCUCUCCGAGACCUGCACAACUCGGCGAACGACCUCCUCGACUCCCGGGAGCUCGGCGGCCGAAAGACCCACGAGUCCAAAUGGCUGUACCAAGCCUCGGAGGCCUCCCUCCGCAUGCUCGACGUGUGCGGAGUCUCGAAGGACGUUCUCUCCCUAGUGAAAGAGCACCUCCUCGACCUCCAAUUCACUCUACGCGGCCGGGGAUCGCCACGAAACGACGUCAAAUCCAAAAUCCUGGCUUACAACGACUGCAGGAAGAAGCUUCGUAAGGAGACGAUGAAGUGCCUCAAGUCGCUGAGAGGGACGAUGAAGGAGAGCAAGCAUCAUCAUCAGCUGUCGGUGGAUAAAGCCGACGGCGGGCGGGAUCUGGCGGUGGUGGCGGAGGUGCUGGGGGAGGUGAGGGGGAGCUCUGUUUCCAUCGUGGAGUCGCUGCUGAGCUUGAUCUCGAUCCCGUGGCUGGAUGAUGAUCGGAGGGGUAAAAUGGUGUCGUUUGUGGGUAGGAUGAUGAUGCGGCGUCGUAAGAGGAGGGUGGGGGAUUUCUGCGACGAGACGGCGCUUCAGACGGCGAACAAGAGGUUGGAGGCGGUGGAGAUUGCGAUUGAGGAGCUGGAGAGUGAGCUGGAGUGCAUGUUCCGGCGGUUGAUUCAAACCAGGGCUUCGCUUCUCAAUAUUCUUACUAAUUAAUUGGUUGCUUUGAUUCAUUUUCCUCGGUUCGAGUAGGAUUUUCUUGUAAUUAACUUCGAGCUGCGGGUCACAAAGAUACAAUUAGACCUUUCAUUGUUAGGGGGAUGAUUGUUCUACUUGUGACCAAGUUAAAUGUUACCGUUAGGGGGACACUAGUUAAGAAACUUUGAGAUCUCAG